CAGAUUGCCAGUCCGGGCCUGAGCGCAUCCUACCUGACUACUUUGACUGCCCGUCAUUUCGAUGGAGCUGUCGGGGGAUCUGUGUUCAUGUUCACUUACCUGGACGUACCGCCACAUUACGUGAUAACAUGGACAACUGGUAGCACUACCCUUGCAAGUCUUGAAGAUGGCAAAAGUCCCACUUACGGCUCAAUUUGUGCUACAAGAUGUGAAUUGUUUCAAAAUGCAACUCUGAGGCUGGAUAGCCUAAUGAGCAAUGAUCCCAAAAGUUAUAUGCAAAGCAUUAAAAACAAAGCUAACGAUCUCACUACCUCCAUUCCAGUCACUCUCCAUGUGCACAAUCCUCUGAAUCCUCCACUCCUUACUGCUAAUCCCACUACUCGCCCAGUGCAGGGCAACAAUCUAACAUUACAAUGCAAUGCUGGGAGCCAGACUGUGUACAGUUACACUUUUCUCAGAGAUGGUCAAAGUGUUUCCUGCUCUGCAUCUCACAUAACCUGUAACAACACCAGCCAGCUUCUGGAUUUUCAUCCAAUCACAGAAAAUGACAAUGGAAACUACACUUGUAUUAUCAAUAAUCCAGUCAGCAGUAGAAGCAGCAGUUCAGUUGUGCUGGAUGUGGCAGUAAAAGUCUCCAAUGUCACCUUGCAAAAUAAUGCCUCAAAGCCAGUGACAGUGGAUAAGGACUCCGUGGCUCUACAGUGUUCAUCCCUUGGGACAGAGGUCAACUACACCUGGACCCUCCGUGAAUUAGACCUUCCUCUCAACCCCCGGUAUCGCCUGAUCAAUAAUAACUCCACUCUAAUUAUCAGUCCUGUCUCUAGAGAGGAUCGUGGAUACUUCACAUGCACUGUUGCAAAUUAUCUAAACAAAGAGACAAGCCCUAUUUUGACACUAAGCUGGGCUCCAGAUGGGCAGAUUACUUGUGGGGCGGUGCGUUUGGAUGAUAGCAUACAGCUCUUCUGUUCCUGGCCAGGAGGGUACCCUGCUGCCGACCUCAGUUUGACGUUUGCUUACAUGGAGGAAUCAGGAACAGACAAAGUGACUGAAAAUGUUUCCUUGACCCCUCCUGCAAAUGUAUUAAAUUGUGAAGGACGCCAGGGAUGGACACAAUACUGUUCACUGAUAAUAGACACCCCAAAGUCCUCGGGGCUUACCAGUGACACAGUAAUUGAAGGUGACUGGGGAAAGAAAGCCAUUUUGUUUGUACCUCUGACCUAUGAAAUUAGGAAAGAAAACAUCAUUGUCCCACAACAAAUGCUUCCUGCAACGUUCACCUGGUACAGACUCACACCUGAGCCGGUACCUCUUCUCCUGGGAGAGAACUUCACAGUAAUUUCUAAUGAUUCUGUUUCUUAUUUGGUGGUCACUUCAGUGACCAGUGAUGUAACUGGAAAAUAUAUGUGCACAGCAGAAAAUCUGAUUGGAAAAACAAGCUUCAACUUUACUCUACGUCUAAGUGAAGGUCAAGGGUCUUCUGGUAUUUUCCUGAGUCCUGGUGCUGUUGCUGGAAUUGUUAUUGGUGCCAUUGCUGCUGGUAGUAUUAUCAAUCUUAUCAUCGUCCUACUCCAGAAAAAACUCACAAGUGAUAAAAGGCAACAAGCUGAAUAUAUAACACCAAUUAAGGAGUUUCCACAGUCUGGAGUUCAAAACCCAUACAUGAAUGGGCCUCGAAUUGCAACGACAGUACAGCAACCAGUGAAUAGUCCUGGAGUUGCACAAGAAGAACCAUAUACGACCCUAGAAUGUAUGGAUAAUAAUGAAUAUGACAUGAUCAAGCCCUCCCUAUCAUUUAGGAAUGUGGCGCUUUAAACCACCAUAUGGAAAGCAACACCAUGAUAUAUACAGUUCUACACUGAAGUCUUUUUUUCCUCCACCUUCAAUUUGCCUAUUUGCUUCAGCUCAGAAGCAGGAGAAAAGUCGGAGCCAAGGACAGCAACCAAAAGUGAGGGGAUCAAGAGAGUAAUAACUAUAACUGCAAAGGGCUACUAGAAUUUGUACAAAAAUAAAGAAUUAACUAUUGGCUAAGUGCUUUAAUUGCUCUAUUAGGGCUCCUUUUCCCAAUGCACAUUAAUACAGGUUAAAACACCAUGAGCAAGGGCCCUAAUACAGAGAAUCUAUUUUAACGAAUCAUCUUCUUUGGUGUGUAUGAGGCAUUAGCAGCUACAGAACUGAGGCUCGGCCUAGAAUCAGAAUAAUGCUGCACUACUAUGUAUUCUGUGUGCAUCUUACUAUUUUCUCCAUGUCUUUUCUCUCCUUUUCUCUCCUUCUAAGCUCCUGUUAUGUGUAUUAGAGGUUGAUAAAUUAUGCCAAUAUAUAAGAAUACUUAUAGAAUGUUGAUUUCUAAGGUACAUAGUCGUUUCUAUUUUGAUGAUUAUUGUUAAAGUUGCCCAUUUCUAACAUACCAAAAAGUUCUUCAAAGCUGAUGAAAGGCAUAAAUUGUUUUUGAAAAUUGAAUGAAAAUGUAACUGUGUUAUUAAAACUGUACUUAAAGACAAUUUCUUUUAUAGUAUUCCAAUGAAAAAC